CCUCCAACCAUCUUUUUAUUCAAACGCCCAUACCUCUUAAACCUUUUAAAUCCAUUUUCCCCUUCUUCUUCUUCCCUCCCCUUUUCCUUUUCCUUUUCUUCACCCAUCACCGCUGAAACUAUAGCAGACCCAAAUCGGCGGCGAAGAAUACCAAGAAGCCCAAAUCGUCACCAGAAGCUACAUCACCAUCAAUGGAUGCUCGCGUCCCAGAUCGGGACCGCCUCGACGACGCUGAUUCCCCCGCCACUUUCGAUUCUUCCUCCGACGUUGCUGACGGCGGCACUGGGUUCCGAACAUGGAUCACCGGUCGAGGUCGUGGUUAGAAACGCAAACCCGAUCAGAGAGAUCAAAUAUAGUUUGCCGGAGGAAGCGUUCAGUUUUGCUUCUGCAUGUAAUCUAGAAUGAUUGAGAAAAAUAUGGAAAGGAGAUCUGGCUGGAGAUUACGAAAGUGAGAAAAAGAGAAAAAAUUGUAAUUAAUAGAUUUUGUAAAUACCUAAAAUG